AUGGAGCCGCCCAGCUGCAUUCAGGAUGAGCCGUUCCCGCACCCCCUGGAGCCCGAGCCGGGCGUCCCAGCGCCGCCCGGCCCCGNCCGCUGGCCCCUGUCCUGGGGCGUGGGACUGGGAGAGGGGGUGUUGGGGGGCUUGGGCGAGCGGCGGGAGCGGACGGCCCGCAGGAGCUGGGGAGAGGGAGGGAGGCGACAGCGGUCCCGGGACAGAGGAGGAGCUGGCGCGUCGGAGGAAGACGCGGGGAGAAGCGCGCGUCCUGGGAGGAUCGCGGUGUCUGGAGAUGGCUCGCCUGUCCUUGGCCAGUGUGUGCACGUUCCUGAUGUUAUCAGCCGCAUAAGGCAGUUAUCUAAAGCUGCCAUGAAAGAGGACACCAAACCCUGCAAAGAUAAUGAGGAUGCCUUUUACAACUCUCAGAAGUUCGAAGUCUUGUACUGCGGAAAGGUGACAGUGACCCACAAGAAGGCCCCGUCCAGCCUCAUCGACGACUGCAUAGAAAAGUUCAGCCUGCACGAACAGCAGCGCCUGAAGAUCCAGGGCGAGCAGCGCGGUGCGGAUCCCAGCGAGGACCUGAUGGUCUUUGAGGCUGAGGUGCCCGGGUCCCCUGGUGACAGCCUGCCGGAGGAGGCGGAGGGAGUCAACAGCACCCCCCCUGGCUUACCCUCCGUCGCCAGCCAGCCUGUGCUGGCUCCGUCCAGCUCUCGAGUUUGCUUCCCUGAGCGGAUUUUGGAAGAUUCUGUCUUUGAUGAGCAGCAGGAGUUUCGCUCUCGGUGCAGCAGCGUCACCGGAGUCCUGCAAAGGAAAGUUCACGACAGCAGCCAAAAAUCCCAGCCGCGAAGGAGACACGCGAGCGCGCCCAGUCACGUCCAGCCGUCCGAUUCCGAGAAGAACAGAACGAUGCUCUUUCAGGUUGGGCGAUUUGAGAUUAACCUUAUCAGUCCAGACACUAAAUCAGUUGUGCUAGAAAAGAAUUUCAAAGAUAUCUCCUCUUGUUCUCAGGGUAUAAAGCACGUUGAUCACUUUGGCUUUAUCUGUCGGGAGUCUCCAGAGUCUGGGCUGAGCCAGUAUAUUUGCUAUGUGUUCCAGUGUGCCAGCGAAUCUCUGGUAAGUGGUGUCAGUGCUGUCCUCCUGCUCCUGCUGACACACCUGCCUAACGGAAGACUGAUCUUUUAUGAACCCAAACCUUGCAAAAUGCUAUCAGUGGAUGAGGUAAUGCUGACUCUGAAACAGGCUUUCAGUACGGCUGCUGCCUUGCAGAAUGCCAAGACCCAGAUUAAGCUGUGUGAAGCCUGCCCUAUGCACUCUUUGCAUAAGCUCUGUGAAAGGAUUGAAGGUCUCUACCCUCCCAGAGCCAAGCUGGUCAUACAGAGGCAUCUCUCAUCACUGACAGAUAAUGAACAAGCUGACAUCUUUGAGCGAGUUCGGAAAAUGAAGCCAGUCAGUGACCAGGAAGAAAAUGAACUUGUGAUUUUACACCUGCGGCAAUUGUGUGAGGCCAAGCAGAAGACACACGUGCACAUUGGGGAAGGCCCAUCGACUAUUUCAAAUAGUACAAUCCCAGAAAAUGCAACAAGCAGUGGAAGGUUCAAACUUGACAUUCUGAAAAAUAAAGCUAAGAGAUCCUUAACUAGCUCCCUGGAAAAUAUCUUCUCAAGGUUAACUGUAAAACAGGCUCAGGCAGGUCCUUCAGGAGGUAUUCCAGAAGAAGGCAUUGUUAUUAUAGGAGGUGACAACUUCAUGUGUGUUAAUAUCCCUGAAGACCUUCCAAUGGGACAAGUCGUGGAGGUAGAAAAUGAUGAUAUUGAUGUCCCGACCCUAUGUAGACCGAGGCUAAUGUGUGUGCUUGUGUCUUAA